AUGUUUUCUAGGACGCCAGAGAGAAAUGCUAAUCCUCUUGACCAGCCCACUCCCCGACCUUUGUACAAGGACGCAACCUCAGACUUGGUGUCUCGACCUAAUCGGGAAGAUGAUUUUAUCACAUCAACUGAAUACUCUCGCAGACCACUGGACUACUCACUAUCUCCACCUAGUCCGGAAAAUGAUGUUCCAGAGCUCAGAUUCUCCCGUACCUCAAGCAAUGAUGGAAAUGACAGCAGUGACAUCCCAAGGAUCCGAGUAAUUACAAGUUCUCCAAGCCCCUCUUUUCAUAGUUAUGACGCCUCUGAACGCGGACAGAUAACCUCGGGUUCAUUUGAUACCGCAGCUCACGUGGACUUCAGCAAUUUCUCGUCGGCAGGAGGUCUGCUUGAAUCAACGACAUCGCAUGACUCCGAAACUAGCGACCAAUCACCCCCUACUCUGGAGGAUCAAUUAUGGGAUUGCCGUAUAGAAUGGCCUCCGCAACAGAAUACAUAUUUCGUCCCUAUUGAUGAGAUGAAACGACUUGUUACCUUGUCUUCAAUCACGAUGGAGCUCCAAAGAAGAGGCACAAUCCCUGAUAGGCUUAAUCAAUCAGACGCAGUUGAAUUUACACAACGGAUCCUAGCGACUGCCCUUCGACUCUUCGCUAUCUUAACAGUCAUUGGCAAAUCCGACGCUAUACUCGACUUUCUUGAAGAAGGUUUGGGAGAUGAUGACUUACCAUUUGUUCGAGUGGACCUGCAAUUCGGAGGAAGUAAUAUGAGUUUAGGUAGCCGCCUUCGGCCAGAAAUUCGUAUGAAGUGCAUAUUGAGAUGGACUCGAAUGGAGAUAUCAAAUUUUCUCCGAGAUCAGUGGUGGAUGCUUGCGCCGGUGUUUAAGUCUCCAGGUGGGAGAGUGAGACACUACAUGUUGGAUGACUUUUUCAUUUUACCUUAUAUCCAAGAUGAACAGCAUUCAGGCCGAGCUCUCUCGGGUGGCUAUAGCUCAGUAUGGCUCGUUAAGAUUCACCCUGCUCAUCAAAAGUUCUAUCCUGAGAACCACAAUCAUGUUAAUCCACCCUUUGCGAUCAAACGCCUGCACUCUACAAAGCAAGAAGAUUUCAAACUCGAGGUAGAGAUGUUGAAAGUAUUUAGCAACGGCGAUCACCCUCAUCUCAUCAGACUCUUAGCGACGUACGAGUACAAGGGAUCAUAUUUUUUGAUUUUCCCAUGGGCCCAGGCAAAUCUACGAGGGUACUGGGAAGCAAACCCUAACAUGAAACGAACACCUUCCUCUUUGCUAUGGGUUCUCCGCCAGUGUAGAGGCUUAAGUUCGGGUUUGCUACACAUUCACGAAUACCAGUCAACUUCUGGGCCGUUCCAAGACAUUAACAAGCAGGAACAUCUCUAUGGACGUCAUGGUGACAUCAAACCGGAAAAUAUCCUCUUUUUAGCACUGGAUGGAACCUCAGUUGUACCAGAAGAAAACUAUGGAAACCUGGCACUAGCAGACUUUGGCUUGACAGAGUUUCAUAACAUCAAAACCCGGACUCGUAGUCUGACUCGAGGCACGACAACGCGUGGUACACCAACGUACGCACCACCGGAAGUUGCGUUGCGUCAAAAAAUCUCCCGUGCAUAUGACAUAUGGAGCUUGGGAUGCGUUUUUCUGGAAUUGAUAUCCUGGGUCGUCUGCGGAACAGAAGGCCUUUGGCAAUUCCAGGAAGGCCGUGGCGAAACUAACAGUGACGGUUUCAUCAACGAUGAUGUCUUCUACACCAUUAUACCCAAGCCCGACAGACACGCUAUUGUGCGUACUAGUGUUCAGGAAUGGAUGAGAGACCUACAUGAGAAGCCCGUAGCAUCUCAAUUUGUGCACGAUUUUGUGGACUUGAUUUCUCAAUCAAUGCUUGUCGUUGAACCCGCGGAGCGAAGUCGCAUAGGACCGCUGGUGGGCAAACUUCAAGCUAUGAUCGAUAAAGCAGAGGCAGAUCCUUCAUAUCUCAUCGAAUCAGUACCCUAUCCCCCAAGAGAAGUAGCGGCUUCGAACUUCAUCGGGACGAGACCAAGUUCUCCAAGCCAGAAGGUCAUAUUCUCCGAGGGAUGA